GGGCCUUUUCUUAAUAGGGUUCAGGCAGUAUAAAUUCCUCUGGAUUUCCUGAAUUUUCCCUCUUCUCCCCGCCCCGCUGAUUCCAUUUUCUUUUCUCUCCUUCAGAAAGAGAAAAAAAGGAGGAGACAUAGGAAAUGGUUGGAGUGAAUAAUAGUUUUGGGAAGACGAUUUGCUCAAUCUGCUAUGAAGAUUUAAACCCUAUCAUCGAAGAUCUUCAAUCCAUUACUAUUUGUGGUCACGUUUUUCACGAACUAUGUCUUCAACAAUGGUUUGAAUAUUGCGCAAAGGGAAGAAAGAAGAAUUGCCCAGUUUGCAAACAGGCUUGUUCAGAAGAAAAUGCAAAUAGGCUUUAUUUCCAAUCUAUUAGUGAUCCAGAUGACAAAAGUCUUACCCAGAAACCUCGUGAUUAUGAAGAGGAUCAUCGGGAAUUGACAAAUGAGGUUAAAAGGUUGGAGAGGAAAGUUUUACGACUGACUUCCACUCUGGAAAAACAGCAGAAAGAUUUCAAAGAAGUCAAUGCAGAGCUGUUCACAUGCAAGGAGCAGUUGGAAAUGGAAGUGACACUAAAGAUUGAAGCUGUGAAACAGGAGGCAGCCGUUCAGCAGUUGCUACAUCUUAAAUCCAAGGAGCUAGAUCGAUCAACUUUGGAGUGCAUAAGGCUACAAGAUAGAAAUAUGGCUCUAGCUAAGGAGCUUGCAACCCUCAAGUUAGUCAGUGAUUUGAAGUUGGAUGAAGAAGAGGUCUUGAAACUUGCUUCAUUAGGAGAUGGUGUCAAUAGCAAAGAGACAAUUGAUGUCUUGAAAAAAUCAUUGGUCAUCCGUAAUAAGAAUUAUGAAGAACUGAUGGCGAAAUGCAACACUCUAGACAGGCAAGAGGCUCGUUUUCUCAACAAACUUCAUAAAGCUAAAGAGAAGAAAAAUAACUUGAAGGCCAGGGUCCAUGAACUUGAGAUGGCACUUGAAGGAAAAGAUAAUGAAAUUUUGAGAAUUUCAAGAGCCUCCAAGAAAAUCUAUCAAGGAAGUAAAGAACCCAAAAUUGACAGAUGUUCAUAUGAGAAUCAGCAUAAGGCACCUGCUGAGGCAGAAGUAGAUUUAUGCAUCCUCACUGGCUCAUCUGAUGAUUUAUCUAGACCAAGGAGAAAAAGGAAGUAUAAAUUUAAGGAUAAGAGUAUAGCAAGAAUGACAGAAGAUGUUAUAGCUAGAAGUCUUCUCAAAAAUAAUCAUGAGAAAGACUCUUCCAUAAGAAACAAAGAUGAAGCCACUUCAGAGAAUUCCACUCAUGUGCAUUCAUAUCAAAACUUGCACCAACCUUUUGACUAUAAGAAGGCUGUGCAUGAUAGUUUCUUGUCAAGGCCGGAAGCAGUUGGUAGAAAUCUAGUGCACGGAUCAGGAAAUAAGGAUGGAAUGUCAGGUUCAAAGAAUUGUAGUAAGAACAGUGCCGAAAACAUGCUCCCUGUGAUUAUUCUUGAUGAUGAUACUGAUCUUCCGCCUUUAGAGGACAUUACACAGCAGCAGCCCUCAUUUCACAUCCGGAAAGAAACUUCUUCACCAGUUGUACUUUCCCAACCAGGAGACAGCUGCUUUUCUGGUGGAUUGUUAGGUCCUGAUGGGACUUACUGGCACUUGGGAAAAUGGUGUAAGAAAAGGUAAGGGACUUGGGAUCUGGAUCGCUGGCUUGAAGAAUGCAAGGAUCAGGUGCGAGUACUGAGUAUUUGGUUGCUGUAAGAGCGGAUGGUAGAGGUGGUCGUAUCAAAGUUCCUCAAUCCAUAAAUCCGACAUCAUUGGAAAAUUCCUCCGUGAUCCAGAGUAACGGUGAGAUUGACGAGGAUGUCUCGCACCGUAUUGGGGCGGGAUGGAUGAAGUGGAAGCUCGCGUCGGGGGUGCUGUGUGAUAAGAAGGUGCCGCCCAAGCUUAAAGGCAAAUUCUACAGGGUGGUAGUCCGUCCGGCCUUAUUGUAUGGAGCGGAGUGUUGGCCAGUUAAGAACUCCCACAUCCAAAAAAUGAAGGUGGCAGAAAUGCGGAUGUUGCGCUGGAUGUGUGGGCUGACUAGAGGGGAUAGAGUUCGGAAUGAGACUAUCCGGGAGAAGGUUGGUGUGACUUCAGUGGAGUGCAAGAUGCGGGAAGCACGAUUGAGAUGGUUCGGACACGUGAAGAGGAGGGGCAUGGAUGCCCCGGUCCGUAGGUGUGAGAGGCUAGCGUUGGAUGGUUUUAGGCGGGGUAGGGGUAGGCCGAAGAAGUACUGGGGUGAGGUGAUUAGGCGGGACAUGGAACAGUUACAGCUCACCGAGGACAUGAUCCUAGAUAGGAAGGUCUGGAGGACGCGAAUUAUGGCAGAGGACUAGGGCCAGUUUGGGUCGCUAGUGUAGGGAAUUACUUGGUGGGGGUUUUAUUCCGUGUUCCGUGUUCCAUGUUGCAUUACGAAUCUGUGUGCUUUCCUCUGCUCUCCUCUGUUUUAUAUUACUUAUGGGUGCCGUAUUUAUGUUAUGUAAUCUGCUUCUGUGCUUUACUAUGUGUUUGUGUGGUAUCUUGUGCCUUGAGCCGGGGGUCUAUCGGAAACAACCUUUCUACUUCUUCAGAGGUAGAGGUAUGGACUGCGUACAUCUUACCCCCCCAGACCCCACUAGGUGGGAAUACACUGGGUUUGUUGUUGUUGUUGUUGUUGUUGAAUUCCUCCAGGAAAAUUACUGAAAUUUGUUGUUCUUUAUUUGUUCAUUUUAAAAUCUUCUAUGAAAGACACUUCUCUAUUCUCCUCAUGGCAAACCAUAAUAUCAGUUUUUACCUUCCUACUUCCUGUUAUAUCCCCUAGAGUCGAGGCAUCAGAACUUUUCACAUUUGAUGUCCAUGGAGUGAUGCUGUUACUAGGUUGUUCAAGGUUCUUUUCCCAUAACACCAAUUCUUCCAUGUAUUACAUGUCACAGAUGAGAAAAAAGAUCCAAAUGGUCCUUAAUGUAUAGGGGUAUAAUUGUUUUGGUCCCUCAUAUCUACUCUUAACCCAAAUGAUCCUUAGUUCCUUAUCUAAAAUAGAUAACACAAAUGAUCCUUAAUGUUCCUGAAAAGUGGACACUUUUAGUCCAAAACCCUAAACUAACAGACACAUAAAAUCUCACAUUAUAUUGUAAAAUAAGAGUAAUAUGGAAUAAGAUGUUGAUAAUAAAUGUCGAGAGGGAGAAAGAUUUCUUAUUUCUUAAAUGUAUCUUCCAUGGGGCUAAGAAUAUCCUAUAUAUAGGAUACAAACUUACAAAGUACAUCUCAAAGGUCACAAGAAUACAACCCAAAAAGUCACAAUAAUGAAGUGGCAGCUUACAUAGAUGCAUGUAUUCAAGUGGUUCAUUAGAUGGAAUGUAUGGACAUCCACAUAAAUAAAUAUGUUCAUAACUUUCACCCUGGAUGUUCAUCAAUUGAUUAUGUGCCUCGUUUAAACAUUGCUAGGAAAAGACGCAGUGGUGAAAAAUCUUACUGAAAGAAAAAGAGUACAUAUGUCUGGUACUACACAUCUCUAGCUGUCUCUUUAAAAAUCAUAAUGGGAAAUCCUAUGAGACAAAAUUGUGGCUAAACGAAAAAGAGUAUAUGACAUAUUUUACUCCCCCGAUAAAAAUAUCACUUGAUAACACAAAGAUCCCCUCCCCCCCUCACGCGCACACACACAGAGGACUUAUCCUUUUCUUUAGAACACAUAAACUUUGCAGGGUCCUCUGAACCCCUAUAUUUGUUUGUAGUGGGAGUAAUACCAUCUUUUCAAGGUACGUGGUGUAGCAAUUGAAUUUUUUUGAAACAUUUUUUUAUGAAAUGUACUUUCUAUUUUGCUUUACUUUUUUUCCUUUUUUCUUCUUUAAACUUGGGGGUAGGGGAAGGGGAAAUGUGGAGGGGGAUUACAAUGUGAGGAAUUGACUCACCAACGUUCAGAUAGCCAACCAAUUGAGCUACUAAGAUUCCUCUACUUGUUUUUCCUUAUCUUUUCCUUCUCUUCUUCUUUUUUAUGUUUUUCUUCUUUCCUUGGGACAUUUCUUCUUGAAAAACUGGUGAUUCUGACAACUACAGCAAACCUCAGUGAAGAAUAGAAAAUGUAUUACUAUUCUGCUUUUAUUUUCAUUUUCUUUUUAAUCUUUUACUUCGUUUUCUUUUCUUCCUUAUUUUCCUUAUUUUCUUUUUUUCCUUAACAAUAUUCUCACCUAGAAAAAUGGUGAUUCAGGCGAUGUCAUUUCAGCUACCCAAUUCCACCAUCUUUACCAUCCAAGCAAAGGACAUUGCUGUAACACCACCAGUUAAAACCAUCUCGGCGCUUCUAUACCCUGCAAGAACCACUAUUUUUAAUCUUCGUCAACCCAAAAGGCACUUCACUGCACCUACGUCACAUAAAACCCUUCAUUCAGUUUCUUAGGUUGAACUUGUUCUAUGAUUUCUCCCCUUCCUCUUGCCCCUUUCAAGUUCAAGAAGAAAGAUCCAUCUUAAGUCCUAACCAUUUAUUGCAAAAGUCCGUUACCCACCUCGAAUUUAAAAGUCUCAUCUCUAUCCCAUUUUGAAAGACCCAAUAACCAUAGAUCAUAUUUCCUGCCAAUUCUCUCGGUGCAACCAUUAGAUUCAAGAAGAUCCAACAACCACUAAUGGUAACCUUCAUCCUUCCAGCAACAAAGCUUCUCUUGAUUGGUGGUUGAGGGAAUGGGAUCAGAGAAACGGUGCCAUGGUGAGAUUUUUGGUGAUAGGGUGGUGGUUAUAGUGUUCGGUAAUAAAAAAGAAAUAAAGAAUAGAGAAAGAAUAAAGAAUGGAGAAAGAAAAAAGAUUCCAAAAACAAAUUUUAAAAAAAAGAUUAAAAAAAAAGAAUAGAGAAAGAAGAAGAGGAAGAAACAGGGGGAAAAUGAGAAAAAAUAAAGUGAUGUUUUUCACCAUUACACGCAAACUCUGUUGUCUUGUAAAACGGUAAUUCUACCACUUCAAACAAUAUAGGGUUCAUAAGGUCCCCACAGAGUUAAAGUAUACAAUUGAAAAUUCAGAUUUUUUGUAUUAGCCCAACAUAUAUUUCACCAUUCUUUAUAUGGACCACAAUAAGUUCUACGACAUUGGGUCUUCCCACAGUCCAAGGGAGCCUAUUCUAGCUGGAUCUUUUGGAAAGUUGAUAAAGUCAUCAAGAGGAUUUUGAGAAUGAUUCCAGCAGUAAUUUUUUGGUGUAUCUGGAAUAAAAGAAUCGCAAAUGUUUUGGUGGGGUGUUAACUUUGAAUCACUCUCUAGCUGCCUAGUUAACUUAUUUAACUCUUUAUUUAAUGAUAUCUAUUUACUUUGUCAAAAAAAGGGUCUGUCCCUAUACAUUGAGGACCUUUUUGAUCAUUGAAGUUCGCACAAAAUAGGACACAGCUAUUUGAUUUUUCCUGCCUACUUCCAUUGGGGCUACUAGGUGAUAAACCUCGGCUGAAGUGGAAAAGAAAAAAAUAUGAAAAAAAUGAUUUGGGCAAUGUUUUAAAAGUAAAAGUGAUCCCUUUACUCAAGAAUGCUUAUGUAUUUUACGCUGAGCUACGAAGGACAAUAAAUGCAAGAAACUUGUAUAGUAGUUUGUGCAACUCAAUUCCACGUGUAUGGUAUACCUACGUGAUUGCUAUUUCAUUAUGAAAAAUUGUUUUAGAAAGAGCUAGAGGUGGAAGUUUAUUUGCAUACUUUUGCAGCAUGACAAUAAUGAGAAUUUGCCAUCAUUCAAGAGAUACAUGUGCCACACCAAGUAAAGUAGUUCCCAGCCUCGCAGAUUCUUGCAAGUAGAUAACUUCUUCAGUAGUGUCGGUGAGUACCUGUAUUCAUGGUGCUUGUGGAUUUCCACCUGUAAACUAUCCAUCAAAGAUGUAGAGAAUCCAUUCCUUGUACAGUGUUUAGGGUUGUGUUUUAGCAGUCAAGUUAUACUGACAUUUGAUUGAUUAGUUAUGUUUGCUUGAUCAGUACAUAUUGAAAGUGCGUGCGUGUGGUUUUGACGGUAGUGAAAUAGUUUUCUAUGCAAGCAUGCACUUCAUUUUUCUA